AUGAGCUCGUUCUGGGAGGCUUGGCAACCGCGGCCCGCCGAUUUGGAGGCUCUGAGGACCUCGAAUCCCCACCUGCCCUUCCCUGCCACGUCCCCUCUCCUGAUCCUCCCGGGAUCCCCCGUCACCCCCCUGCGCCUUCCCCUCUUCGGAGCCACCUGCACCUCCACUGCCGGUGUGCUCGCGCCCGACCAGCCCCUGCCGGACGCAGCAGCUGCGGAGGACGUGUGCCUUUUCGUGGGCGGCCCCGUCUGGGCGCUGGCCUGGUGCCCCCACUCGCUGCCGCAUGGAAAGCAUGCCCCCGGCGCCGCGCACGAGGCCGCCGUGGACUUCCUGGCCCUGGCCUGCCACCCCCCCGGCCAGCCCCGGCACACCAUCGGCGCGCCGGCCUCCGGCCCCGCUGCCGUCCAGGUCUGGGCCCUGCCCCGUCCCGGGGCGCGGGGUGGCAAGGACACCCCCCUCCCGCCCUCCCUCCAUUGCAUCCUGCCGCACGACGGCGGCGUGACCUGGGGCCUGGUGUGGUGCCCCGACCCAGGGGCCUGCCUGCUUGACGCUGAUCCGGGGUCCGAGCCUGGCGCUCCAGGGCGGCUGGGCCUGCUGGCGGCCUGUCAGGGCGACGGGCUGGUGGCCGGCGGCGCGCUGACGGUCUGGGACGCGCGCGACCCGCUGGGCCCGGCCUACGCCCAGCUGCUGACCAGCGGCUGCCUGCUCGGCCUGGCCUGGACGGCGGACCCGCGCGGCCUGCUGGUCGCCUGCGACGACGGCGCCGUGCGCGGCGUGCUCGUCGACGCGCGGGCCCUGGCCCAGAACGCCGCCUGCAACGGCGAGUCUGGGAUGAGCGCUUGGUGGUUUUGUGUGUGUGUGUGCAUGGGCGGCAAGGUGAACAACAGCUUCAGCUGGCGCGGUGCGGGGCAGGGCGCACUGUGGACGCUGUGCGUGGAGCCGCGGCUGCAGCUGGUGGCCUACGGCGGCGAGGACGGCGUGGUGGGCGUCUUUGUGGCCGGCUUCCAGCAGGACAACCGCAAGCGGCCGGCGCACCACCCCGUCGCGGGGUUCCAGUUCAGGGAGGGAGCGCUGCACGUGCUGGACCCAGGCCAGCUGGCGGCCUCGCACGGCCUGUACGCGGGGAAGAGCGUGGAGCGGCUGCCGGCGCUGAAGGGCCGGCCCUUCCCGCCGGAGGCCCAGGCCGUCACGCGCAUGGCCUGGCACCCAAACGCCGGGGAGAAAUGGGGCAGGCUGGCCACGGGGUGCUGGGCGGGGUUGGUGCGCGUGCAGACCAUCUACCGACGCUGA